AUGUUUGCAUUUGUCAAGUUUAUUAGGGUGGGUAAUCAGGAAUCUUUGUUGAAUUCUCUUUGCAAUACUAGAAUUGGAAAUCUUAGGCUGCAUGCCAAUUUGGCUAGGUUCGCUAGGGAGGAUAUUAAGACUCAGUCUAUUCCUGAUUCUAAUAAUGGUGAUGUGAAUAAUUUUAGUGGUAAUCUGGUGGGGAAGACUUCUUAUGCUCAGGUGUUGUGUGGUGACAAAAUUACAGUGGAUAAGGAGGUGAAGCUGGAAUCUAAAUCUCAUAUGUCUAAUGUUAAUAUUGCUUAGGCUUUAAUUAUGAGGAAGAUAAUGAUUCAUGGUAGGGGGGUCGAUGUGGUAGACUGUGAUGAUGCUGAUUACUUACAUUCAAUUCCAGAUUCGUUCAAUAUCGAAAAGGAUAAGCAUAUUGAUAUCAAUACAAAUGAUCAUGGGCCUGAACCAAAUAAUGGAGAUUCUCAUAAUAGUGAUCCUUUUAAUUUACAGCCUCUAAUUGCCAACGAAUUAUCCAACAGGAUGCCUACGAAUAUGUUUAAUGUUAACUCAGUUCAGAGUGGCCAUCUUAAGCAUAUUAAUCAGAACUCAUUUUCUCAAGAUUCGGAUCCUGAGUUUCCUCCAGGUUUUACGCCUCCAGGGGUUGAUUUUGGUGCUAAUUUGGUGAAAAUGUUGAUGUUCAUGGGGAGGAGAACAGUUAUAGGUCUGAAACAGAGCAAGUUCAAGAUCGGGAUGUUAAUGAUGAACCUAAUGUAG